AUGGCUCGUCAACGUGGAGGAUCUGCCCCUCGCCGCCCUACCGCGCCCGUCGCAAAGCCCGCGACCACUCCCCAGGCCCGCCCUGCUUCGACAGCUGCUGCUCCCCCAGCUCCCGCGCCAGUGCAGCAGGCGCAGGCUCCCACACCCCAGGGACCCGGCCUGUUUGGACAAAUGGCAUCGACUGCUGCCGGUGUCGCAGUAGGCUCCUCAAUUGGCCACGCAGUCGGCGGCUUCUUCAGCGGCGGCGGCUCUUCCUCCGAGCCCGCCGCAGCGUCGCCCCAGGCCACCGACUUCUCCCAGCAACACCAGAGCGCCACCCAGAUGCAGUCGACCGGCGCAUGCGGCACCGACGUCAACAACUUCCGCAAGUGCAUGGACGAGAACCAGGGCAGCUUGACUAUCUGUGGAUGGUACUUGGACCAGCUCAAGGCAUGCCAGGCCGCCGCUGGUCAGUACUAG